AUGUCUGGUGGCAAAGGGGGAUCAGGAAAAAAGGGAGGAGGUGGCGGUGGUGGUGGUGGCGGAGGUGGAGUUGGUGGACGUGGUGGAGAUGGAGGUGGUGGUCGUGGUGGAGAUGGGGGAGAUGGGGGAGAAAAAAAUAGAGCCGGCAAAUCAGGAAGUCCUGGAAAUGAAAACCAAGCAGAUGAGAAAUCUAACGAAGGCAAGAAAAAUCCAAGGGAUGGCAAAGACGGAGGAUCACGACGUGGUGGCGAUGGAGGUGGCAAACAUGGUGGUAAAGGAGGCGGGAAAGAAAAAAACAAAUAA